AUCAUCGGAAACGCUUAACUGAUAAUAACUCCGUGUUCGAUCAGUAUUUCCAAACCGAAAACCGUUUGUAAUCCGUAAAUAUUCUUCUAAGACCCGUUCGAGACCUACGUACUUAUCGUAUAAUGUUCGCUGUCCAUCUCGUCUCGACGGUUGUCCAAUUGUAACCGAUCCUACGCGUGCACGCUUUUACCUUGUUGGCCUUAGUUGCUUAUUUCCUCGCAUUUUGUAGAUCGUGAUAAAAUUUCAAGUGACAAUGCUAACAGGUAUUCUACAUGAGCACUGUUAUCAUGAAGACCUAUAAACUGACCGUUCAUCAAAAAGCUUUUAGCAACUCAGAACUGAUCGUCAACAGUAAAGACUUUCCAGAUGCAGUCCUGGGAGAUAUUGUCGAGGUUUACCAUGCCGAUUCGGAGCAAAACAAGUUGUUGCUUCAAAUUAUGGCAUUUAAAGAUGAUACGCAAAGCAAAGAUACAAUAAGCAUUGAACACAGUGUAGCUAGUUUAUUUCAAUUACGUGCAUAUAGUGAUGUUACAGUAAAUAUUGUCAGUCCAGAAUCUGUCAUAUUAGAUUCUGUUGAAUUAACAUUUAGGGACCAAUAUCUUGGACGAUCAGAAAUGUGGCGUUUAAAAAAUUCAAUGAUUGAUACUUGUGUAUAUAACAACAAAAAAAUGGAAUUUUGUGGUGGAUAUACACGUGUACAAGUUCAUGAAAUGUGGACAAAAGGAAAAAUUGUUUCGUGCGGAGUUAUCAACCAUAGUACUAAGAUUAUUUUUAGAUCUGCAACAAGUAUGGUAUAUAUAUUUCUACAAAUGACUUCGGAAAUGUGGGAGUUCAACUUUUUAGGCGAUACUUAUUUUGAAAAAGCUGUGGAUGGUUUUUUAGUUGAUUUGUUUGAUAAAUGGAAGUGUUUUGGUAGUAAUCAUGAAGUAACAUUAGUUGUAUUUUCACGGGUAUUUUACAAAGCUAAUAAAUUAGAAGAAUUUCCAGAAUUAAUGAGAGAAUGUCUUCAAGUUGACUAUAAAAAUCGCUUUUAUGAAGAUUUUUACCGAGUAGUUAUUCAAAAUGAACGGUAUGAAGAUUGGGCUGCAGCAUCGUUAAUGUUACUUAGACGUCUGUAUUUUACAUACAAAAAAGAUGUGUUAAAUUACCACCAUAAAGUUCUACAUGAAUCUGGCAUUUCAACUGAUUUAAUUCCAGAAGCGUAUUUAUCCCAAGCAUCUCAAGGCAAUUUUCUUGAAGUUUUAAAUAUGGCAUUAAAUGUUUUUGAAAAACACUAUAUAGAAAGAAGUUUAGAUCGAACUGGUCAAUUAGCAAUUGUUAUAUCUCCUGGUAUGGGUGAAUUUUAUGUUGAUAGACAGUUAACUAAUAUCACAAAACAGAGAGUUAUGGAUAAUGGUGUAGGAAUUGAUUUGAUUUGUGUGGGUCAAGAGCCGUUAUAUGCUGUUCCAUUAUUUUUGUUUCAAAAUCGUGAUGAAUCUUUAGGAGAUGAUUGUAGCAUUCCACACUGGAUUAACUUAAGUUUUUACAGAAGUAAACAUAUGCCACCCAAAUCAACAUUUGUUCCUCGUAUUAAAUUACCUAACCAAUUUUCAAAUAUAACUUUAAACCGGCCAAAAAUAGGCUUAAAAGUAGUUCCAUCUAAAUGUUUAUCGGCUUCAAUGCAAAAGAAUUUCACCAACAGUGCACAAGAUUAUAUGAAUUAUGAUGCAGAUGUUUUAGAUAAAAAUAAUAGAAAUGUUGUGCCAAAAUUUGGUAGUACCAGUAAUAUUUUACCACUUAAUAAAUUAAAUGGAUUAAGUGCUUCAAGAAAGAAAAAAUUUAGUACAUGCAGCUUUGAUAUAAAUUCAGAUAAAGCAAUUGCUUUAAGUCGUAGUCUUUCUCCUCUUAAACAACGGAGUAUUACUCCUCCACCUAAAAAUCAAAAUGAUUUAAUGAAUUUACCACCAUUAAAUAGAAACAGAAGUCAUAGUAUUGAUGAAACUUUUAAGAAGUAUGAGAAAAUGGGGGAAAACGAACUUAAUAAUCAACAAGCUGAUGAUGCCACUUGUGAAAAACCUGAUCGUGUGAGGCGUUUAAUUAAUCCAUUUGACAAAUCACAGUUCUUUGUUAAGCUAACAUCAAAUCGAAGAAGAUGGAGUCAUAUAUUCCCAGAAAAAAAUCCAAAAACGCAUAAGUCUUAUGAAGAUUUUGAACUUGGUAUUACUAAUCCAGACAUGACUUUAUCUGAUGUAGAACAUUUUCAAUCUUUAAAAAAAAAAGUUAAUAUAAACAUUGCAAAAUUUUUAAAAAAUCGAAUAAAGGAGAAACAAAAUAUAAAAAGUUCAUUCCAUUCAGCAAGUGAAUGUGAAUGGAUAAACAGUUGUACUCCAGGUGCUUAUCUGGUAUAUCUGACCCGUGAUCUUGAGGCUUUUGCACAUAAAAGCGUUGAUUGGAAAUCAAUGGUGUUUCCUGCAUGUUUGCCAAUAACUACUGACUAUUUUCCUGAUGAUGUUAAUCUUCAGUCAUUCUAUGUAUUUUCCAAUUAUAAUUUGUUACCUGAAGAUGUAAAUGUUGAAGUUGCCUUACAAAGGGCUGUUUACCGUCAACCAUUAUCUACAUUAGAAGUUUUUUACCAAAUGAUAUGCCAACGUCUAUCACACGGUUUUCAGUUAGUGGUAAGUAAAGCUGAACAUGUUGAUCAAAAAAAGAAGAUUAAUAGUAUUGUAAUGAGAUCAACACAAUCAACUUCUGAACCUUUUAUUGAAAUGCGAUUGAGCAUUGGAAGAAUAUUUCAUACAGUUACUUUAGUUGGUUCAGAAAUUCGAGUAACGCGAUAUAGACCUAGAUUUCCAUAUGCCACAUUUGAAAUACAAUAUCGAUAUCGCUUUCAAGCUCCAGAUCAUUCAACAUAUGGUAUUUCAUGGAUAUCAUUUAUUACUGAAAAGCUAGAAAAUUAUAAUUGGAACUACCUGGACCAUUAUUUAUGUGCACGCGGAGACAUGGACUAUGCUGUACAUGAGCAAAAAUUAAAAUAUUGGAGGUUUCGUAUGUAUUUAUUACCUUGGCGUCAAGAAGCUACAAAACAAAUUAUGGAGAAUUUAAAUGAAAUCUUUUACUGUGAUAUUUAUAAAAUACCUACAAUGGAAGAACAAGUUCGGUUUACAAAUAAAUUUGUUAAAUUUAUAGAAACAUGGAUAAAUCGUAUUAAACGAUCAACAACACUAAGUCUUAAGAGUGCAGGUGACACAUCACCUUAUAGAGACCGUGUCAAUUCUAUACGUCCUACAGACAAACCACGACCAAGGUCAGGUUCUAAAGUUUACGAUAAAUCAAUUGCAACAUUAUUUUCUGAAAAUCCUAUUCAAGAUGAAACUAUUGACGAUGUUGAUAGUAAACCACUGAAUUUAAUUAACUCAGAAUUAUUAAUCAAAGAAAAUUUAUCUAACGCUGACUUAGUGGAACAUAUGUGCAGUAUGCAAGUUGGUGUAGGUUUUGUAAACAGACAUAUGGGUUUACCACAAAAUACAUUUGUCAGUUAUGAUGCAAUUACAUGGCUUAUGAACAAUGUGAAUACAUUUAAUAGUAGGAAUGAAGCUGUUGAACGUUUACAGGAAAUUCUAUGCGAAGGAUUAAUUUGUCAUGCAUCUGGAGACUUUUCUCAUCCUUUUAUUGAUGGAUUUUAUUUGUAUUAUUUUCCAAUGUGUGAAUCGCCUACUGAUCAAUCUACAUUUCCUCCACAUGAUUUUCAAGCUUUUGAGAAUGAAUGGGUAGAAGUAGAAGUCAAACAGCCUAUUGAAUAUACAAGAAGUAUAGAAUUUUUAAUGGAACAUUUAACAUUACCAGAAUCUCUAAAACAUGAUACUAAUAGAAACGUUCCAUGGUAUAAAGAAGCUCAUUUAGAGAUGGAUGUUAAUAGUAAAAGUGAUCGAGUAGAAUGGGGUCAUGCCCGUUAUCAAUCCGUUUAUCGAUGUGAUCAAGCUUAUGAAAUUAUUGCUCAAUGGGUUGCAGCCUCUGGUUCAGUUGUAGCUGAUUUGAUAUACAAUUGGGCACGAAAAGCACAAUCAGGUGGAUUUCAAUUGAUACCGUUACCAGCUGAUCCAUUUGCUCUACCGUAUACAUUGAAAUCUGAUCCUCUACGUGGCCCAGUAUUUGUACCUCUUAAUUUGGAAUGUCUUCUUACAGAUGGAAAAAAAUGCUUAUUUCAUGAAUAUUCUGAAGAUACAUGGCUUCGAAGAUUAUUACUAUUCCAAGAAGUUAUACUUUAUCGAUUUGGUUUUAUAAUAUGUAACUCAAUAAAUAAUAGAACUGAAUCAUAUCAUAAUCAGUAUAUUCAUCUAACUGGAAAUGUGUUUGUGUUAAUAUUAUCGGAUUUAAUUGAUGAAAUAAAAGAAAAAAAUCAAUAUUCAGAUCAAGGUUUAAAUGAAUUAGAAACUAGUAAUAAUCAAGAAGAAUUACCAUUUAGUCCUCACAUGGAGUACAUAUCACGUCAUGUGUAUCAUAAUUCUAAAAAAAAUGAUCCAAAAAGAGAAAAAAGGGUUGGAUUUCUUUGGGCAUGGAAUCAUAUGGUUAGUCGUCGUUGGAAAUGGUCUAAUCCAGCAACUGGUGAUGAAGAAUAUCAAAAUAAAUUGUUAGCAGAUUUUAGAUCAUUUUGUAGUAAUAAAGAUGGACGGUUAUUCAAUUUUUGGGAAGAUUGUAAAAAUGAGCUUAAAUCAAUUAAAUGCCAAGAAUAAAAUGUUAAUUUUAUAUUCAAUA